UAUUCAAAGGACAAGGAUCGUAAGCAACAACGUAUCGAAGAAAAGGAAAAGCUCGUUCUAAAAAAGCUCUUAAAUGAACCCAGAAGAAAGAUAGAUGAGCUUUGCAGUGAACUUGACAGGACCUGCUUUACUAUUACCGAUGAAAUCUUGAACUAUGGCAAUACGUUGAUCGCGUACAGGGAUCUGUGGAAAGGGAUGGCGGGUGUUCUAACAUUGUCGCGAACGAGGCUUCAAUUUCAACCACCUCUCAACUGGGAGAAUUUUAACUCGAAGAUGUGGAGCAUAAGGAAGGACUAUGUUCCCUUGACUUAUGCUAGACUUAUGAUUGCUGGAGCAUUUUUGAGCGGAGGAUUGGAGCUUAAUACCACUAGAAAACAGAAUUUACUGAUCAUCGGUCUUGGGGGAGGAGUUAUCAACAAUUAUUUCUCACAGAUGGAAAACCAAGUGGUAAGACUCCUCCGAUGUUGGGACAUGUGCGAUUUCAGUUGA